AUGGCUCCGCGUCGGAGAGAUUCUACUUCUGCUGUGGUCAAAACCACACAGUCUGCUCGGUCGACCGUCGACACGGCGAAAGCUGCGCGCGCAGCCCAAGAAUCGCAGCUGCGGCGGGUCCCUUCUCCGGUGCGAUUCCUUCUGGUUGUUUUUAACAGCCUCCUGUUGAGUUCCGUUCUCUUCACCCUGACUUCCAGGGUCACUCUGGGCGAGUUGGGCCAUGUGAGCAAGCACCUGGAGGAAUGGUGGGAAGUGGGCGGCUUGAUGGUCUGGAAGGCUGUCGAGGUGGGAUUGGCCUGGGUUCUUGGGUUUGAUGGACGGGACGUGAUGUCUUUUACUUUCCUCACCCAUCUGCCCACCUAUUCUCUGCUGUCAUCUUUCUAUGGUGUCCGGCCUACCACCAUUCUCGCAUCGUAUGCAAUCAGCCUGGUCUCGACCGCGAUCCCCUUCGUCCUGCUCCGCCGUCCUUCCUCUGUCCAUAACCUCCCACACGCCCCGUCUGACGCCGUUUCAAACCGCGCCAUCCUGCAAGAUCGCCCAACAGCCUUCUACACAACAGUUGCGGCAGCAGCCAUUUACUCCGUAGCACUGUACCUCAGCUACGCAUCCUGGCUCCCGGCCUACCUCGUCGUCCACUUCGAGAAUAUCCCAGAUAUCAGGGCUGUUCACGCCGGGCCCGCCGGGCUCCCAGCUUUGUUCAUCACUCUUCUCCCCGCUGGCUGGGCUGCGCGAGACUUCCUGUUCGUCAGCUCUACCGGAGCCUCCAACAAGAGCAGCGCCUGCACCAGCAACAGCGAGGACGAGUACCUCGCAUGCGCCAUCUACCGCCAAACAUGGGGCGCAGUAUCCCCCAAGACCCGGGUCCUUGUUCUGCGCACGGCGCUCCUUGCUAGCGUGGUCAUCCUCAAUACGGUUUUCCAGGUGGCGGGGACGGUGAAGGGGGUGGAUGUCUGUGGAGCGACGAUGUGGGGUGCCAUCUGGGGAGCUGCGACUUUGGCCAUUGGCGGUGUCUUUGGCUGGAUUGAAGCCGUUGACGGUGUAUGA